CAGUUUCAGUCCAAGUGUCCACUUGUACGCCGGUCUACUAAACAGCUAGCCUUAAUUAUGAACACUUUCAUCGUCGCGGUUUUUGUUUCGGUCAUCGCAGGAGCUCUGGCCGACUACGGCGCACCGCCACCACCUAAGUACGAGGCCCCCAAGGGAGGAUACGAAUCGAGCGGCGGCUAUGGAGCACCAGCGAGUGGAGGUUACGGCGCCCCUGCCAAGUACGAGGCCCCGAAAGGGUACGCAGCACCAGCACCAAAAGGAGGCUACGGAGGCGGUGGUGGCUACGCACCGGUAGUGCACACCUAUGCCGCGAAGGCUCCAUCUGCGAAAUGCGGAGCUAGCCUGCUAGUGGGAUGCGCCCCCAGCGUAGCGAAGGUUCCAUGCAUCCCAAGCAAGGGCGGAUACGGUGGCGGCUCACAGGGUGGAUACGGCGGAAAGGGAGGAUACCGAUCCAACAUGGAUCACGAGGAAGCAAUGGAUGAGUUCGAGGAAUAAGCGCCCACAACGGAUUAAGUAUUAAUGAAACAAAAGUCAUGCGACAUAAACACAAAUUUGUCAAUAAAUUACAAUUCCAAAUUGAAAUCCA